CCGUACAGACCGUAUAUACGUAUGCAUAUCGUACAACUGUAUAUACGUAUGCAUACCGUACAGACCAUAUAUAUGUAUGUAUACCGUACAUACCGUAUAUACGUCCGUAUAUCAAGCAUAUACGAGAUCCAAAAAUAUUUGUAAGAGGUAAGGUUCGAACUCCCGACCUCGAACACGAAGGUUUUGCUCCCAACCACUGAAGCAAGAGCUGCCUUCAUUAAUAUAUGCUCACGUGUUAUAUUUAUUAUGUCAUAAGCGACAUAAAUAAAAUAACAGGGAAGGCAAGGUUCGAAACCUCAACCUGCCGCACGAAACCUUUUUCCCCCAACCACUGGAGCACAAGCUGUGCUUAAUAUAAUGUGUACAAAUGUUAUACUUAUUAUGUCAUAAGCGAACAUAAUAAAAAUAAACGAGAGGCAAGGUUCGAACCUCUGACCUCUUGUACAAGAGCCUUGCUCUUCAACCACUAGAGCACCAGCUGCUCUCGUUACUAUCCAUGCAACUUCUUUUAUUUAUUCUAUCAUAAGCGAUAGAAUAACAACAAACUGUCGGUACACUCCACGUGCCACGACACGUCUCUUCCGUGAUUUACGGAAAGCAAAUCACUUUCGGCUAAAGCUGUCUGCCACAGCGUCUCGAGGUUCGGCCUGUCCCCUUACACGCUCUCCACGCGCCAACAACUUUUCCGGGUUUUCGGAUGACUUUAAUCCAACGCGUAGAUUGAAUCUCAGAGAUCGUCCAUCCAACGGUGGAGAUCUGCUCACCUCGUUCUAUAAAUAGGUGCAUCCUGGAGAAAAACUGUUCACACCAAAGAAAAGAAAUUUUCCCCAGCCAUUCUCUCUCAAACUCUGCAGUCUUCCUCUCGAAACUCAAAUCCUUUCUUCAUCAAUUUCAAUCCUUCUCUUCUGAUCUUCUCUCCCAUUUGAAGAUUCGAUUUCAUCUUUCCUCUGAGAAUCUCAGAUCUCCAAUCACCAGUUCAACAACUCCAAUCCUUCUAACAAAAUCUCCCUCAAACACUAAACCAUGUAUUCCUCGAUAUUCACAUCCUCUCACCUCAUGACCCAAGAGCCACGAACUCUGCAACUAAUGGAGCUCCAAACCCCGCAACAAAUGGAACCACAACAACAGCAACCAACAGAGGAGGGAGGAAACACCCAAGCAGCUGGAAGUAGUGCCAACAUGGAUUUCUGGCGAAGCCGUACCAGAUGGAUUCCUACUCCAGAACAAAUAAGAAUCCUCAAGGAUCUUUACUACGUCAAGGGAUUUAAGUGCCCAUCUACAGAGCACAUUCACGAGAUCUGCCUCCAGCUGAACCAGUAUGGACAUGUUGAGGGUAAGAACAUUUACUUUUGGUUCCAGAACGUCAGGGCUCGAGAGAAGCAGAUGAAUAGGUGUAAUCAGGCUGCUCCAGUGCCCAUGGGAACUAGUUCUCUUGGUACUGGUGGAUCCAUCGAUCUCAAUUUUGGGUCCACUGGUUCUACUGGUGCUGGUGGAUCCAUCGACAUCAAUUUUGGGCCAGCUGGUGGAUCCAUCGACAUCAAUUUUGGGUCCACUAGUUCUACUGAUGAUGGUAGAUCCAUUGAUCUCAACUUUGGUUCCACCUAUUCUACUGGAGGACAAACAUCCCUACAACAACGAGGAGGAGAUCACCAGGAGGUUCAAACUCUUCCUCUGUUCCCCGUGCACGGCGAGGACGUCUUUGGUAACCUGAAGACUACUUCCGAGGAAGGUAGCGCAUUUGGUUACUAUUCUGGUGGCUCAGGCGGUUACCACAGUGGCUCAAACGUUUCUCUUGAGCUCAGCCUCAACCCAUCCGGAGCUGCUGACUAGGCUUAGUAUAGAAUAGUCCUCGUUUCCCUUUUUGUAAUAUAAAAUCAAUAAGAUUGUGUGCAUGUUUUCUUUUCUUUUUGUUUAACCAACAACAACACCAAGGAUCGAACCUUGGUCACUCAAUACUCUUUUCAAAACCAUCGAGAACUCUGCUGCACACAUCUUUCAUAAUGAUGCAAUAAAACAAUCACUCAAAACCUAGCAAUCAAUUAAGUCACACAGAGGUCAAGCUAGUAUCCUCUGAGUCAAACCAAACACAAUAAUUUCGUCGCUAGAAUUAGGGAUUAAUAAAGCUAAACACUUCCUGAGUUAGUUAGGAAAAACCCACAUCUUUAGAGUUACACUUACAACUCUAAAAAAAAUCUCGAUCAUUCCAUCUAUCAAUUGCUUCAACAAGCAAUAUGUACCAUCUUAGCAUCCACUAAUCGAUACUGGUACAACACUCAGUAUCUCACCCACGAAUCACCUCACUGCUCAUUUGGUGGUAAGUCAACAUCUAGUGGUCAAAAUUCUGUGAUUAUAGCACUUCACACUAACCACGUCAUAAUCCAUAAUCUGUCCUCACAACAGUAUCUGGCCUCAUAAAUUAGUUAUACAACCCUAGCACUCCUAGAGUUGAAAACAACGUUAUUACCUAAGCUCAUACAUCAACACAAUGUCUCUUCACAGUCAAUCCUAUCACGAGGUCAUAUCAAUCUUUCCAUAAGUCAACCAUACACAAAAUCCAUCAUAGUAACAACGAAUUAUGCAUCACUACUCAACAAUAGUCAGUGAAGCAGCACUCCACAAUAAUUUCCAAUACCAUCCGCAGACCUCAAACCACACCCCGACAUUUAGCUAAUAUAUAGUAGCUAUCCUAAACACCAAACAACUGAGCAUGAAUGAAUGCUCCAUUAUAACACAAUUCCAUCACUAAGCAACCAAUAACUGCUAAGUAUUCUUCAACUCAAAACAUCUGCAUAUCCAACUAAUGGAAAGUAUCACAACUACUAGUCAAAUACUCGUAACGACUUUAGAUACAAGCAUUGGUCAAACACCAUGACCCCAACAACCAACGACUACAAUGCACAUAAGGAUACUGUUUUUCGUGGAAACCAUCCUCAAUAACUCCACCAGAGUUUAAUCCAAAGGUUCCCAUUCCUCAAAGGUUAUAACUCAAAGAAGCUACACAAACUCCACCACUUCACUUACAAAGUCAACCUAUGCCAUGAUCACUUAACAUACUACCCUUAUUAAAGGUAACAUAAGUAUCUCCCAAAUUACAUCACUACACUCGUACACCAAUAUAGUCUUGAGAAUUCUGUCUCAUAAUCUCUCACACUCCUAUCAUCUUGAGUUGGUGAGAUCAAUUCUCUUUUCAACUAUUCCUAGGGUCUUAAUCUCUUUCACCAUUUCAACCCAAGAAUAACAUCCAUCACAUCAACUACAGGUAGACUAGGCAACUCAACCUCUAAUGCCUCCACCUCAUCCUCAACUGUCUCCAUAGAAAGAUCCUGUCCCUACAUCAGACUCGACCUCUACCUCACCGACUCAUCAGAGUUAAAUCCAGAGGUUCCUAUUCCUCGAAGAUCACAACUCGCGGAAACUAAACUUAUUCUAAUACGAACUUAGUAGACAACUCUACCGUCCUACGGACUUACACGUUGUCUAGACCCCAUACUAAGACAUACCCAAUGAUUAUACCAGUACCGAAGAGUAUAUGAUGGGGAUCCGCUGCAGACGGGCCAUCACUCGGGAGGUACUGAUUAUCACCAAAUAUGUACCUUACGCUCUGAUACCAAACUGUCACGCCCCGAAUUUUGAAUAACCAAUUCAAAUCCGAAACAUGAAUAAACAAUUAAUACAAAUACGUUCUGAAUUUUUUUCUCACAAACAAACACACCACUCGCCACUCAACACAAAAACUCGAAAACCUCGAGUUAAUUAUUACAAUUCACUCUUACAAAGUAAAAUUGCAAAGCUCUAAAUGAGCAUAACAAACCUCACAAUAUAAUGCUGUAAUUCACAUAACACUACUCUAAGCAGCCCGAUCACCGUCCUGGUUCUCCUGACCUGUAGGA